AUGUGUAGUUUGAAUGCUCAAGUCCAGACGUUCAAACUCUCCGCUCACCAUAGGCGUACAUUCUCGCAGUCCUCAGCGGUCGUCAGUUUUGCUUGGUAUGCAGGGGCCUCAUCCAAUAACACUCCAGCUUAUGGUUUCGUCGCUUCUCUUCUGGAUGCCUCAGAUGGAAGGUUACUGAGGGCCUCAUACCCGAUCAUCGAUCAUCACGAGAGGUUUAUCGCUCCUCAUAGUCUCGCAUUCAACUCGACAGCCAACAAACUAUACUGCGGUUUCGAAGCUGCCAUCGAGAUCUUUGACAUACAACAACCUGGGGAGGGCGAUCGGCUCCCGACCACGCCUUCCAAGAAAAGUAAGGAUAGCCUUAAAGGCAUUAUAUCUAGCGUAGCUUUCUCCUCUUCUUAUGACUAUCAUGCGAUCGGCAGCUUAACACCUUCCUCACCAGCGACAAAUAAUAUUGCAUUGUAUUCGGAGUCAAAUCAAGCAGCUAUCACGCCUGUGGGAGGCGCAGAUUUUUAUUCCGGAGUCACGCAGCUAAAGUUCAACCCCACAAAACCGCACAUUUUGUAUGCUGCAUUUCGUCGACACGAUGCUAUAUAUGCAUGGGAUCUUCGCAGUGAUACAUCUGUACCUGUAAAAGUCUUCAAGACAUCCCCUGGUCCUCGCAAAACCCUGACUAAUCAAAAAAUUGAAUUUGACAUAGAUUACGCUGGAAGAUGGUUAAGCGUCGGUGAUCAUGAUGGAUGUGUUUCGAUGUUUGACCUUGAAGGUUCGGACGAACUGGAUGUAAUCGGCUGCGUGGCAUUUCAUCCCCUGCGUUCUAGUCUCCUGUCAGUAUCUGGCUCACGCCAUUUCGAUGAGGACAGGGGGGAGGGUGAUUCUAAUAGCUCUGAUGGGGAUUCAACAGACCGAGAGUCGGAUUUUGAGAGCCAGAAGAUUAUCGCACUGUCAAAGCGCCGACCACUUCCGAGUCCAUAUGUCAAGGACUCUUCUUUGAAGCUUCAAUCAUUCGAACCCACGCAGACUGUACAACACGCUUGA